GCCGCGGCCGCCCCGCGCCGCAGCGGGGCUCCGACAGCCGCCUGCAGCCAGGAGAGCCGGUGCCGGACGGCGGCCCCGGGGAGAAGCCGGAGUCCUCGGCGGCCCUGCAGCUCAUCCAAGCCCAGAAGAAACCUAUUCCAGUGAAGUAUGAAGUUGGAGAUCUUGUUUGGGCCAAGUUCAACAGACGCCCAUGGUGGCCAUGCACAAUUUGUCAUGACCCAGUGCUGGACUGUCACUCAAAAAUGAAAGUAGUUUCCAGUGGGAGACCAUACCGAGAGUACUAUGUGGAUGCCUUAGGAGAACCUUCAGAAAAAAGCUGGGUUGCUGGGAAAGCUAUUGUCCUCUUUGAAGGAAGACAUCAGUUUGAAGAGCUGCCUGUUCCCCGGAAAAGAGGGAAGCAAAAGGAAAAAGGCUACAAACAUAAGGUUCCUCAAAGAUUUAUGGCUAAAUGGGAAGUCAGUGUUGGACAGGCAGAAGACAUUCUUCUCGGAGGGCCAGAGGAUCAAAAGUGCAGCCAGAACUCCAGCGAGCCAGACAGUGAGAAGGACAUGCAGUCGGAAUACUUUACCAAUGGCCCUGGAGCAGAAAGGGACAGGCAGCUGAACGGCUGCUUUAAAUCCUUGGCGUUUGACUCCAGACACGCGGCCAGUGAAAAAGGAAAAUUGCACAUUAAGCCACAUGUGAAAAAAAAGCUCUGAAAGCAGAAAAAGGACUAGAGUAAAAAAGAGCAGCGUGAGAGGGGAAGCACCUAGGGGAGAAAUCAAAGACAAAACACCAGAGAGCAUAGUUAGAAACACAGUUGCUGGGGACCUACCAGAGAAACACGCGUCUCAUGAACUUCGCCGGAUUGCCAACAGCCUGACAGCAUCCAGCAGCACCAGGGAAAACCAUUUGCUUUCCUCAUUUGGAGAAAGACGUUUUGAAAAGACACCUUUGAAACCGGACUGUGAGAGUCGUAAAAGCGAUACUCUCAAGAACACUCUCCAAGGGGAUUUGUUUUCCAGCCCAUCUUUUGAGAGAGAGAAGAGCUCCCUGGGCAUUUUGUGCAGUUCUAAAUUACAAAUACAUUAUUCUGCGUCUGAUGCUGGUAUUGAGAAAAAGCAAACUGAAUCAGAUUCAUCCUCUUCCCUCUCCGAUGGUGGGGACAGUGAUGUAGAUACCAUGGACCAAAGUUCAGAGAGAGCCUCUAGUGCUCUUGAAGUUAGUGAUUCUUCAGAUAAAGUGGAGAAGGAAUUUCCUAUGACGUCAAGUGGAAACAUUAAACUUUCCAUGUAUCUUUCUCAGAAGAGCAGCAGAAGGGCCAGGAAGAAGUCAUACAGAGAUCGCAAACCUCUGGGAGGUUCAGUAACCAGCAGACUUGAUGCUGAAUUUGCAGAUGAAGAGCUGGAAGUUGGCUUCUCUGAUGCUGAGAUGUCAUUGAUGGCUCUUGAGUGCUCUUCGGAUGUGAGAAAUGACAAUCUUUCCCCAGCAAACAAGCACACUACCCCCCAAAGUGUCUCCAAGGAUAGCUCCUGGCCUGCUGUUGCAAAUCAAGCAAUCUUAAAACCGAAAAGCAUGAAAUUACCCCGAUUCAGGAGUAUAAAAUGCAAACAUAAAGAAAAGGUUGGUGGGUUGGAGCCUUCUCUUGCAGAAGAGGAGGGUGGUGUGAAUCGCUGCUCUUCGGAUACCAAAGGUUUCUCUGGCCUUCAGAGAAGUGGAAAAGUUGAUGGUCAGAAACUAUUAAACAACAUGCAUGAGAAACCCAGGGAUUCUGCUGAAAUCGAAACGGCUGUGGUGAAGCACGUCUUGUCAGAGCUGAAGGAACUGUCUUACCGGUCCAUGAAUGAUGAUACCAGUGACUCUGGCACUCCAAAGGCCACAGUACCUUUACUUUUCUCUUCUGCCUCUGGUCAUGGUCGUUUGCCUAUUGAACCAGAUUACAAAUUCAGCACCUUGUUAAUGAUGUUGAAGGAUAUGCAUGACAGUAAGACAAAAGAGCAGCAACUGAUGACUGGUCAAAAUAUAGUCCCAUUUCGAAAUACCAGCACAGCUGAUGGUUCUGGAAGCAAUUCUGCGAGUGGUCUGAAGUCUUUGUCCAUUGUAGGUCCCCCAUAUAAAAUAGAAAAAAAUGGAGAUUGUGUCCAGGAAACAGUAAAUUCAAACUCCACUAUAAGCAACUCCUCAUUUUCACGCAAUCCUCCAACCAAGUUGACGGGGAUUGGUUCUGGUAAAAGGGAGCCUGCAAGUGCUGCUGUUUCUGGGACAAAUGGCACAAAUUGCGUGUCCAAACGCAACUGUUCAAAAUCUAAACAGUCAUCUAAGCUUGGAGAUAAAACAAUUUCAAACAGAAAGGACUUAAAACCAGGAGGGCCAAGUAAGUUGCUAAGUCGGUUAUCCAGAGAUUCAGGAGAACAUGCAUUCCGUGUGCAUGGUUCAGUUACCAGUCCUCUAGGUAAUGAGGCAGAAGAUACUGAGAGGAAAGAGUGUAUUGAUUUAACAGAGCAUUCAACUGAUGAAGACUCUGCCUGUUUAUCUGAUGACAAUUUAGGUCGUAUUGGAAGGAGACCUGAAGCUGGUAGAAAUGUUGAGAGCUGCAAUUCUGCUGAAAAUGGGCAGAGUCCAGACUUGGAUUCAGAGGCAAAUAGUGAGAGCUCUCUUGGUGAUGAGUCUAAUGAUAUAAAUCACGUAGCACCCAAAAAGCGAUGGCAGCGUUUUAACCAAAGCAGUGCUAGAUCUAAUAAGCACAUCAGUAGAUCUAGGGAACAAGGAAACUUGGAGAGUGCCUUUGGCCUGAAUUCUCGUGGCUUUUCACUGAAGGGAAAUGAGUGCUUGGGACGUAGGCAUUCCCCUCAUUCAAAGGUGCUUGAGGGAGACCUGGCAGUUCAGGACUUUGAGAAUCGUUUAGACUUAGUUGAUAAACGUUUGAAUGUAUGUGGUAAGCCAAACACCAGUGUGAUGGACUCAGAAACAAAGCUUGGCAACUUUGCUCCCCAGUCUGAAUUCUCUGCACAAGCACAUUCAGAGAGGAAGCGCCUUAGAAAGCCAAGUAAACGGCUUCUGGAAUAUGCAGAAGAAUAUGAUCACUUGUUUGCACCCAAGAAAAAAUCAAGGAAAAACCAGGAGCAAUUGCAAAAGGUGAAUUCUGUGGUGAGGUCUGAAUUUGAAGGAGGUCUUCCUGCACAAUGCAGUCCUGACAGAGAUACCCAGCGGGGGCCGAGUUCUUUGGUUUCAACUCCAUCUUCAACCAAAGAAUCCCCUCCCAUCCUUGAAGCAGAGUGUUCCUUCUCAGAACUAGGAUCCCACUCCACUGAUCACAAUAAUCAAGUUCCAGAAGGACCUUCAGAUAUUCCAGACCUGGUGGUGCUGUCUGCCUCAGAUGCUUCUGAAGUUUCUGCUUCUCCAGAUGCAGAAGAGGGAUUCCUGAAAUCGGGAAACUUUGAAGGCAAACGUCAAAGGAAACCUACUAAAAAGCUCUUGGAAUCCAAUGAUUUGGACACUGCCUUUAUGCCAAAGAAGGAGGAGUGGACUCCCCAAAAGAAGGGUACUGGCCCUUCAGAGAGCGACAGCUCUGAGCUCUACUCACCAGCCCACUUUCAGGACCUGGGAGAAGCUUCUGAAAAGCUCUUGGAGAAACAGCGGAAGCGGAAGAGACAGCGCCAUACCACCGCUGCAGUCCAUUCCAAGAAGGAGAAAAAUGAGGAGGGGCUGGGGGAGACCCCACACUCUGAGGGGGAGACGUCGAUUCAUGGGACAGCUGCAAGCCCAAAAGAGGGUAAUGAAGAGGGGUCAGAGAAUGACCAUGGAGUGCCUUCAUCCAAAAAGAUACAGGGGGAGCGUGGAGGAGGAGCAGCUCUCAAGGAGAACGUGUGUCAGAUCUGCGAGAAGCCAGGGGAGUUGUUACUGUGUGAGGCACAGUGCUGUGGUGCUUUCCACCUGCAGUGCCUUGGGCUCUCCGAGAUGCCAAAGGGCAAAUUCAUCUGCAAUGAGUGUUCCACAGGGGUCCACACCUGCUUUGUGUGCAAGAGCUGCGGGGAGGAUGUGAAGCGGUGCCUGCUGCCCCUCUGUGGGAAGUAUUACCACGAAGCCUGCAUACAAAAAUAUCCACCCACGGUCAUGCAGAACAAGGGCUUCCGCUGCUCCCUGCACAUCUGCAUGACCUGCCAUGCCGCUAACCCAGCAAACAUCUCUGCGUCUAAAGGUCGUCUGAUGCGCUGUGUGCGGUGUCCGGUCGCGUAUCACUCCAACGAUUUCUGCCUCGCUGCUGGCUCCGUGGUCCUCGCCUCCAACAGCAUCAUCUGCCCCAACCACUUCACCGCACGGAGGGGCUGCCGCAACCACGAGCACGUCAACGUCAGCUGGUGCUUUGUCUGCUCGGAAGGGGGCAGCCUUUUAUGCUGCGAGUCGUGCCCGGCUGCAUUUCAUCGUGAGUGUCUAAACAUUGAGAUGCCAGAGGGAAGCUGGUAUUGUAAUGAUUGCAAGGCAGGCAAAAAGCCACACUACAAAGAAGUAGUCUGGGUGAAAGUUGGGCGCUACAGGUGGUGGCCAGCUGAGAUUUGCCAUCCUAGGACAAUUCCUGUCAAUAUCCAGAAAAUGAAGCAUGACAUCGGUGAGUUCCCUGUGCUGUUCUUCGGCUCCAAGGAUUACCUGUGGACCCACCAGGCUCGUGUGUUCCCUUACAUGGAAGGUGAUGUCAGCAGCAAAGACAAGAUGGGGAAGGGCGUGGAUGGCAUAUACAAGAAAGCUCUUCAAGAAGCUGCUGUGAGAUUUGAAGAGUUGAAGGCACAGAAAGAACUGAGACAGCUUCAGGAAGACAAAAAGAACGACAAGAAACCUCCUCCCUACAAACAUAUCAAGGUGAACCGGCCGGUGGGGAAGGUGCAGAUCUUCACUGCAGACCUGUCCGAGAUCCCACGCUGCAACUGCAAACCCACCGAUGAAAACCCCUGCGGCCUGGACUCCGAGUGCAUCAACCGCAUGUUGCUCUACGAGUGCCACCCCAUGGUGUGUCCUGCUGGGGAGCGCUGCCAGAACCAGUGCUUCUCCAAGCGCCAGUAUCCCGAGGUACAGAUCUUCCGCACGCUGGCACGAGGCUGGGGCUUGCAAGCCAAAACAGACAUCAGGAAGGGUGAAUUUGUUAAUGAGUAUGUUGGGGAGCUAAUUGAUGAAGAGGAGUGCCGAGCCCGAAUCCGCUAUGCUCAGGAGCACGACAUUACCAAUUUCUACAUGUUGACACUGGAUAAGGAUCGAAUCAUUGAUGCUGGGCCAAAGGGCAACUACGCUCGGUUCAUGAACCAUUGCUGCCAGCCCAACUGUGAGACUCAGAAAUGGUGUGUGAACGGUGACACACGAGUGGGGCUCUUCGCCCUUGUAAAUAUCAAAGCUGGGACUGAGCUGACUUUCAACUACAAUCUGGAGUGUCUGGGAAAUGGAAAGACCGUUUGUAAAUGUGGUGCCCCAAAUUGCAGUGGCUUCCUAGGAGUAAGGCCAAAGAGCCAGCCCAGCCUCACCGAGGAGAAGUCCAAGAAGCUGAAGAGGCGGCCGCAGAUGAAGCGCAGGUCGCAGGCCGAGGUGAUGAAGGAGCGAGAGGACGAGUGUUUCAGCUGUGGGGACGGAGGGCAGCUAGUUUCUUGUAAGAAGUCAGGCUGUCCCAAGGUGUACCAUGCAGACUGCCUCAACCUGACCAAGAGACCUGCAGGAAAAUGGGAGUGCCCGUGGCAUCAGUGUGAUAUGUGCGGUAAGGAAGCAGCUUCGUUCUGUGAGAUGUGCCCCAGGUCCUUCUGCAAGCAGCACCGGGAAGGAAUGCUCUUCAUCUCCAAGCUGGAUGGACGAUUAUGCUGUACGGAGCACGAUCCCUGUGGGCCUCACCCUCUAGAGCCAGGAGAAAUUCGUGAGUAUGUGCCUCCCAUAGAAGCCCUGACUAAUGGCGAGGACACCCAGCCACCGGAGCAGCUGCCUGCAGAGGUAGACACAGAGGCAGACACAGACCUGAGCGUUCAGACCCUGGACAACCUACCUCAGUCUGUGGCCCUCAGACUGCAGUCACCAGAAAAGCCCCCUGCUACCCUGGCACUGAGGCUGCCGUCAUCAGACAAGCCCCCCACCACCCUUGCCCUGAGGCUGCAGCCGUCAAACAAGCCCCCCACUACCCUGGCCCUCAGGCUGCCUUCACCAGACAAACCACCCGCCACCCUGGCUCUGAGACUGCCACCAUCAAAUAAACCCCCUGCCACUUUGUCACUGAGGCUGAAGCCAUCCAACAAACCCUCCACCACCCUCUCGCUCCGGCUGCAGCCUUCGGACAAACCUCCCACCACCCUGUCACUCCGCCUGCAGCCGUCAGACAAGCCCCAGGCCGCCCUGUCCCUAAGGCUGCAGUCAGAGAAGCAGCCCAUCAUCGUAGCGCUGCGGCCUCAGCAGCCCGACAAACCUCCCACCAACGCGGUGCUCUGGCCCCUGGAUGAGUCCUCCAGUGACGCCUCGCAACCUCAGCUGCCGAGCAAAUCUCCUCCAGGAUCACCACAGUCGUUGGAUGAGUCGCUUGUUACUGCUGGUACCCUGCAGCUCCAGCUGUCAGAUGAGCCUCCAGACACCCCUAGGGUUUUGGAGUUAUCGGACAAGUCCCUCAUUGACACCGGGACCCAGCAGCCUGAGCUGCUGGAUGAGUUCCCCACAAAAUGCCUGCAUCCUCCACUGUCUGACAGACUCCUCGCCACAGUGGGGACGCUGCAGUCUCAGCCAGCAGAUGAGCCUCCCGAGGCCGAUCAGCUCCAACCGCUGGAUGACACUUCUGCCCAGAGCCCACAGCCACAGUCUGUGGAAGAAGAUCCCAGCUCUGUGGUGCCACAGGUCCCAGUACUGGAGGUGGCUUCCAGUCCUGAGGUGCUGUGGCCUCUGCCCAUUGCAGAAGUCCCCGACUCCCCUGUCUCACGAAUCCUGCCCGCAGAGAAGGCUCCUGGAUCGGCAGUGCCACGACCCCUGCCUCCAGAAAAUGCCUCCUUCUCCACUGCAAUGCGGGUCCCAGCCACAGAGAAGGCUCCUAGCUCUGGGUCACCCCAUCCCCUGACUCCAGAGAAGGCUCCUGCCUUGGGUAUGCCACGGAUCCUACCCACAGAGAAGGCUCCCAGCUUAGGGGUGUCGUGGCCCCUAACUCCGGAGAAGGCCCCUGGCUCCCGGUCGCCUCAUGUCCUGCCUGUGGACAAGGCUCUGAGCUCUGGGGCCCUGCGGAUCCCACUCACACAAAAGGCUCUCUCCCCUGGGGUGCUGCGACCCCUGCCUCCAGAGAAGGCUGCUGACUCCGGGGCCCUGCGGGUCCUGCCUCUGGAAAAGGCUCUCAGCUCUGGGGUGUCUCGGCCUCAGCUCUUGGAGAGGCCUCUCGCUCUUACAGCCCCGUGGCCUCAGGCAUCAGACAAGCUGGCUGCUGCCGUGGCUCCUCGGCCUCAAGCCUUGGACAAACCUCUGGCUGCAUCAGCUCCAAGGCUGUUGCUGUCGGAGAAGGCGCUGCGACCUGUCGACCAGAAUGCUCAGCCGAAGGAGAGAGGAGCUCCGGCCAUGGAACUGAAUCCCCAGCAGAAAGAGAGGACCAUGUUAGCUGGGGAGCAAAUCUCUUGGUCUGCUGGGAAGGUAGUGACGCACGUUGGACAAGUACCGUGGCCUACGGAGAAACUACAGACGCACGAGCAGACCCACUGGCCCACUGCAAAAGCCCUGAUGCCUGCUGAGCAGCCUUCCCGGACAGCAGAGAAACCACCAGAGCCAACCAUUCAGCCCAGCUGGGAAGUGGCCUCAGUCCCCGCAGAGCAGACCCCGUGGACAUCAGAGAGAUUGUGUGCAUUUGAGCAGACCCCUCGGCCAGCCAGGGAAGCGCCAGUGCCCCCAGAGCAGAUGCAGUGGCUUGUCACGAACAUUCAGACAAUUGACCAGAUUUCUUGGCUGGGUGGAAAAGCACAGACUCCUCGGGGGCAGGACCCUUUGCCUGAACAAAACACAGCGUUAGCCCAUAACCAGGAUUCUGUCUGUCGUGAGUUGGCCGACUCAGAGCCAAAGUGAGGUUGGUAAAUAUGGGAGGCAGGUUUCAGUUGUUUAAUGUUUAGGGAGGGGGAAUCUUUCUUUUGUUUUUUUUAUUCACUUCCCUGAGCCCAGCCCCUAACCCAUGCACAUCCCAUCCAUAUUCUCUCGUGACAUGAGCAAGGACAUUCUCUUAAACCUGAGUCUGGCCCAGGCAAAAGGGAGAGACCAUCUGUGACCUUUUCCUCUUCCUUUAACAAAUGGUAAAGCUGAAAUAAAGAGUCCACUCUGGGUGAAAAUCUCCAAUUCCAUUGAAAUGGUCACAUUACUGAUCCAGCGUGUUCAAGCUCCAGGUCUGAUUCAUAGAUGGGUUCCCAGGUACAGCCAGGGGCCUUGCUUUCGUUACUACAUUUAAAGGAAGGAGAUCAGUCAGGCUGCCCUGGGACUGAAGAAGUUUCAGGAUCAGGUGGUGAGCAGUCAGGUGCAUGUCCUUGCCAGACUCUAGAAGCAGGGAAGGGAUUUGUGUUGUCUGCCCAGGUCUCUGUCCCUGCAGGGCGUUGCUUUGUGAGGUUUAUCCGUAUGUUCACUGGGAUGUGCUGUGUGUGUGGUUUGCUGAAGGACAAGGAUCAUCUCCAGUGAGCUGGGAGAGGAGCCCCUGCACUCGCCCAGUGCAGUUUUCUCCAUUAAUAGGCAGUGUCCAUUCAGGCUCCUUUGUACAGAGCUGCAUCUGGCCAGGCCCAAGAAACAGGAAAUCUGGAGGAAGUCAGGGAAAAGAGAGAUCUUGGAAGUAGUCGUCUGGCAGUGUUUUCAUUCUUGUGUCUUAAUCCUUUAGCACAGGACAUGUGGAGUGCUUUCCUGCCCUUGAAAACGUAGUGAUCCAUAAAGCAGCAAUAGUGGAGCAGGGCAGAGUGGGUUCCCUGAGGUGCUGAGCUCUGCCCUGGCAAGGGAGUGGUGCUCCCUUUCAAAUUUCCAUCCAGACUCUUCUUGACUUCUGUCUCAACAUGAGCCAGCGGACUGAGCAGUCUUUUCUCCCCUUGCCUCAGGCAUGUUCAGGACGUGUUCCCAUCACAGCUGGUAUUGCCAGCAGCAAGCAAAACCUGACUCGCUCACUGCACAGUGCAGAGGCAAGGGUUCCGUAGCUGUAUCGGGACCCAUCUCAACACCUUCCCCUUGGGCAGCUUCUGGCUUAAUUCUUCUACAACCAAAGGAGACUUGAAUUAACUGGACUGUGUUGGGGUGAGAGUGUGUGUGUGUGUGUGCGCGUGUGUGUCCUUCCAACUGAAUUGUAGUUCUCACACUGGAACAUGGUGGGCUCCAGCAGCUGGCUGGCUUUCUUUUUUCCUCUUCUCCCUUUUCCAGUGAAAAUAGAUCUUUAGUACCUGGUAGUCAUCAGGCCUAGCCUAGUGUCCAGACUAGGCCUGCUGAAAGCCAUUCACUCAAGCAUGGAGGCAGAAGUUGGCUUGGCCGUGGUGCUUGUGGGGCAGGUGGUAGAGUCCCAGGGGCCUGCAGCAUCUUGCGACCACCAGCACCCUCGCAGGCAGGAGGAGGAGGAUGGGCCUCCCUGGUGGCAGUGCCUGGGCUGGAUGGGGUCGGUGUCCUGCCAAGGAAGCACUGCUGACCAGCAUUUUCCCACUCUCACAACACAUUACCUCUGUGGUUUGCCUGAGCUCCGCCGAUCUGGGGCCGCGGCCUCGGAUCUCUGUGCUGCCACCAGACCCUCACGCAGCUCCAGUGUGUGUAUCCUUCUCCUUCCAGGUUGAUCCACAGGUCCCUCCUCAGAAGGGGAGUGUUCAGCUCCAGGCCAACCCUCUCCCUCCGACAUGGGAGGGACCCGACCCUUUGCUUCCUUGUUCCCACCUGGCUUGCAAGUGCCUGCUGCUCCCAGAGCAGACAGUCAUGAGCUUUGUAGUUUUCUAUGAAGGGAGGCCGACACUUGUGCCGAGACAAAUCCCAGUCUGUUCUGCUUUCCUGACUUGUGCACCCUGAGACAACGUCCUCCUGAAAAAGCCAGGUGUGCUGGGCACGAGGGGACAUUACCAGUGCUAUAGUGCAUCUCUUCUCUAGUCCAAAUCAUUUCAGAUCCUUUGUAGAAUAGCUCACAGCUUGGAAAAGCUUUAUGGCUUAUGGAAACUUACUUGUUAAAUGUUUUUUUCCGGGAAGACUAGCAGGUCAGUUCCUGCUUGCUGCUGAAACUGGGGAAAUACAAGCAGCUUAUGUUUCUGCGUGACUCCUCCACAAAGGGAAUCAGGACAACUCAGAUCCAUUGAGAGAGAAGAUUAUCUUAAGGGCAUUCGUUAACUUUUUUAAACAAAAUUAUAAAAAAAAAAGAAAAAAAAAGGUAAUGACGUUCAGUAUAUUAAGUAUUUAUCAUGUGUGAGAAGGAAAAUAAAUCUUGAAUUUACAUUUAUAAGCCUUCCCAUGAGCUGGACUUAGUCAUGUAGAUUGUGUAAGUAGGGUUCCCUCAGUGCCGGUGCCCAGCCAGCUCCCGCUGUAACCAGAGAGGUCUCUGCACUGCUCUGUCCACCUCUGCUUUGCAUUGUCACGUGUUAACUCGCUACUUGUUUCAUGAAAAAAUAAACUGUGAAUAUUUUUGGUGCAGGCUUUUUUAAAUCUGUAAAAUGGAGAAGUUCUCAAUGAAUUCUCAUGAAAGCAGGUUUGAAAAGAUCACUUCUAUAAAUCGUGUGCUCACGUAGCAGGGUGAGGCUCACGGCAGCAGCCGCCUUUCACGCAGCAGGCGCUUACCCAAAAGCUUGUUUGGAACAGUGAAUGUGGAUUAAACUGUUGCAUGGCAUUUCCCACAGCCUUCUUCAUUGCAGCUGACUGUACCCCAUCUCUCCUCUUGUCUCCCUUUUCCACGAGGAUCCAGGUUUCCAGCUUGCUACCUUCCAGCUGCUGUUGGAAGGUUGACUUCAGCGUAGCUGGGAGGCUGCUUGGUAAAGUUGGCGUUGGGGAACAUCACAGAAGGAGGAAGUCAGGAAGCUCCUUUUCCCUCCUCACCCUCAUUGGGGCCCUGAGUGGUGCUCUGUCAGAUAUGGGGGGCUUUUCAGAUGGAGUAGUGGUGCUUAUGGGAGUGUCCGGCAGUGCUGGGUCACCUUAGCAAGAUGGACAAGGCCUGACCAGGUGUGGAGAGAGGUCCCAACAGCCUUGCCCUACCCAGGCUGCUCUCACUGGCAUGGAGCAGCAGCUGGGGAACAACUUUGGGCAGCAAAACUCUGGUGAAGGAAAUGUGGGUUUGUGCACUUGACGUGACUCUUGCUGUGGUGGCAGCACUGCCUUGGAGGAGGAGAGGGAGAUGUCUGUGUUGAAGCAGUUGGAUUCAUUUGUGGCAGUUCAUUGCCGCCUUCAGAGUCCAGUCAGUUUGAAUCACGGGGAGUUUCAAGGUAGAGGACAGUGACAAAGUAACCUGCAGGGCUCAGAGCUUUGCUGCAGCUCCUGCCAAGGCUGUGGUGCUCUUUUGUUGCAUUGGAGGGAUCCAAUCACCUGGUCACUAAAUCUCAGGUCAGCCCUAAUUGCACCCAAGGUGGAUGAGAGGUGACUCUUGCGUUGAUUCACUGUUGAGGAGUGCUGUAGAAGCAGAGUCAGGGGUGUAAUUAUUUCUGCUCAGAGCUCUGCAGACCCAUGGAGGCUCACAGGAACUUCCCAGGUUCCUGAGCCCAUUCCUGCUUGUGGGAAUGACUCCUUGGUUCUGAAGGGGGUGAAGGCUUUGCUCCUAUACAAACGCUUCGCUGGUCAACAUCUUUGCUGUCAGGACAGCCUGGCUUCCCCUGCUCAGAGCAAUGGGCUGUGGUCAGUGGCCCUGGCUUCCAUCUCACAGUAGGACCAACUUUAGUGUUGGAUUUCCAUGGUGGACAAGAGAGUCCUAGUUGACCUUUGGUGAUGGAGGAGUUCUGGUGAGCGGUAGCAGUGUGGUCAGGGACUCAAGUGCCCGGGCAGGCAAGGAGGGUUGCAGAGGAGGAGCCACUGCAGGACCUGUGGGAUGUGUGGGCAGGAGGGGAGCAGGCUUGUCCUAUCUUCCCCAGUGCUGGGCUGGGGCCCACUGUCAGCCAGGGCUCUGGUGAAUCUAGCAGGAAAGCUACCACUGUAAGGGAUCAUCACCUACUGCACAUCUCCAGAUGCUGACUAGCUGAUGGUAGCUUGCUUUAUUGCUGUUCUCGAGUUAAACUUUUCCUAUUUAACAGAAAAAAAUCCCCAAGAACCAGAUUCACUUCAAUACACAAAGUAUCCGGGUGGUACCAUGGGAGUACGUGUUAAUUCAGGGUUAAAUCCCUGCAGGCAGAGGCUCUGAAGGUGUGGCUGGUGUUAAAAUUUACAAGAGAGAUGGUUGAAUCCAAAGGACCUUAACAAAUUAAGGUGGGACAAUGUGUUGCUAGAAAAGCUUCAGCUCACUUUCAGUG